GACAUGCUGGUACCUAAACCUUCCACGUGCCUUGAGAUACCUAUCCUGAAUCAUUCACCUUCACAUUUAAUAACCUACCUACCUAACCUACAUAAGGUACCUGUUUACUUUAUUCAUCACAAUUCAAAAAGCCAUCAUCCUUCCGCGCCUCAACCCAAAUUCCAUGAUUUCCCAUGUCAGCGCCAAGUUCCCCUCCUCGAGAGUCUAACGGCGCCUCUCAAGCCGCUGCUGCGCCUGCGCGAGCUUCCUUGACCACCACCUCCAAUCCGGAACUCGACCUUCAGAAGCUUCAAUCGCUUCCCGCCGAGCAGCAGGACCUAUUCCUCCUCAACUUCGUAUCUUCCUUGAGCAGACAUGUUCACAGCUUGACGAACGAUGACUGCACCGCCCAGCAGUUCUACCUCAAGAAGGAGGUCUUCCAGAUAAUCAACCUGUCCGCGCCCUCCCCUAGUCGAGCAAUACGAGUAAAUCUUGGCAAGAUACUUGCCUACUUCCUCGGAAAUGGAGAUAGGAAGCUGCUCUUCGACACUAUAAACGAGCUGGUCUCUAUAAUAUCAUCUGGAAAAUCCAAGACCGAAAGCGAGAUUCGAACGAGGCAUGCCGCUAUUAGUUGCUUAGGCGACGUAUACGCUUCUGCCGGUGACAGCGCUAUCGGCUUGCACCCGCUAGCAUGCGGCGCCCUCGUCAAGCUGCUCAAGUCAUCGCAGGGUCACGCUGGGUUGCGCGCCGCCGUGCUUAUAUCUUUGACCAAGAUUGUAGGCAUGGUGCGAUCGAGCUUGGACGAGAGCAUAGCUAGGGAUAUUUGGAAGCAGGCACGGAAUGCCGCCUCCGGCGAUAAAGGUUCCCUAACCGUCGUGUUCGCCUGCCGUUGUCUUAAGUCGUUGGCUAAAUAUACUUCGUAUUUCGACAAUUCGGGUGAUUUCGAGAACCUCAAGUCCACUCUCUUUAAAACCAUCGACUCUGGUUCCUCGCAUGUAAGACACGCCGCUGCCGACUGUUUAGCUGAGGCCAUGGUGAAGAAUCAUUCCGAAUCUGCGCUGGCGGGGAUACCCAAAAGCAAAAAGUCCAAGUCCAAAGCUAAUAAGAGGUCUUCUGUUCAACCGGGCAUGGGGCUGGAAGAAGACGAAGAUAUUCCGUCGCGGCCAGGUAGCCCGGCGCCCGGAAAGAAAAGCCAGGACCUUGUUCUGUCGUUAAGUGACAUCUUUAAAACCCUCACGACUCACUACGUUCGUCUGUCUACCACCAACAGGGCUAGGGCGGCGAUUGGUGUCUGUUACGGUAGGGUUUUGAAGCGGUUAGGGGAGAAUUUCGUCGAAAAGAACUAUUUAAGAAUCUUGGAGAGUUUAACCAUCGACUUGUUAGGCCAUCAGAACAUAGCCAACAACAGGUAUAGGCUUCUCAUUUCGCGUCGGAUUGUCGAUACAGUUCUCCAAGUCGUUAUAGGUCGCAAGAUACUUGGGGAAUCGGGCCAGACGACCGUGGCCAGAGCGCUCGUUAACGAUGUCCUUAAGAACUAUCCCCAGACGCUUAAAGAACGACCUGAGCCGACGAAGCAUACACUAAUUGCGGCUCUCGGCGCGGUGGCGUCUCUUAUCAAAUCUCUCGGGUCCGCCGCGAACAAUUUCGCAGAACCUUGCCGAGAUGGGCUAUUGCAAGUACUACAGCAUCCUAGUUAUAGCGUUCAGGUGUCCGCUUCGUUCUGCAUGAAAACCUUCGUUCACGCCUGUCCGCAGCAGCUCCUACCGUGCUUGUCUGUUUGUAUGAAUAGUCUUAGCAGGGAGCUAUCUCUACUAGGAGGGGCGAAAAACUCUCCGAGGAGGUGUGUUGGAUUUGCUCACGGAUUGGCUGCAACCCUGAGCGCUAGUCCUUCUCGCCCGCUGCAUGGUUCUCUUGAUAUCAACAAUCGAGUCUAUUCCAUGGCUACCAACCUGCUCAAGUCCAGCGGCCAGUCCGAGCUUCGUGUUUCGAGUACGCAGGUCCAGGUUGCGUGGAUCCUCCUCGGGGGACUCAUGUCGUUAGGUCCCAACUUCGUCAAGAUUCACCUCUCCCAGCUACUUGUUCUCUGGAAGAAUGCCCUACCGAAGCCGUUGGCCAAGGAUAAUUUUGCUCAUCGCAACAUCCUAGAAGUUUCCUACCUCACUCACGUCAAAGAAUGCGCGUUGGGUUCUAUUCUCGCGUUCCUCCAGUUUAACAGCCGCUUGUUAACCGUAGACGUAUCGAAGCGUAUCGCCACGAUGCUUCAAAAUACGAGCGUAUUCCUUAGGAUGCUACCUUCCAAGAAAACCACGGAUGAUAUUUCUCAAAGGCUAACUCCUGCUUUACAACUGCAUGACCUCGACAUGAUGGUCCAGCGGCGGGUUUUACAGUGCUACAUUACGCUAGUAAACCAGAGCCCAGCCGGAGGCAGCGAGGCGCUUAUACAAACCAACCUCCUUACCUUGGCAAUAUCGCUGUUUGCCGAUCCUGAGAACUACGCAGCCAAUACGUUAAGUGCGUCCAUCGCUAACGCCGCAGGAACUUUCGAAACUGUCUGGGAUGUUGGCGAUAAUUCCGGCUACGGCGUCAAUGACCUAGUUCGCGGUUUCAAAAUUAAAAAACUCCCUGGAGAGAAGGAUGAUGCAGCUGAUAAGCCAGAGACGGAUGAGCCCGAUCCGGAUGGAAUCAUUGACGAAAUUCUCCUCUCGCCGAUCUGCUCGUCGCUAGAACACGAUGCUGCCGCGCUCUACGUGGGUGAGUUAAACUCGUCCGCGGAUCUCCCAGCACCCCCGGCCACCGAGGUGGUGAACAUGGCGAUCCAGCUAUUCGCCUUCGUCUUCCCCUUGACACCAGCCAAAGUACAGGAGAGCGUCCUCGAGCAGAUUGCUACGUUUACUUCAGCCGGGUCUUUACAGCGCGAUCUCGGCCGUAAAGCAGCUAUUGAUGUCAACAUUGCUACCGCUCUGUUCCUGACUUUGAAAGUUGCCGUCAAGGAGACUCAGUCGCCGCCCGGAAAUAUUACCAACAUCGCUGUGGAAAAGCUCGUACAAGAAAUGACUAGAGGCUUCGUAGUUGAUCCGGACCAGUACGUACGAAGCCUGGGCUACGGUGCUAUUUCCCGCCUUUGUAAUGCGUGCGGCAACGCGUUCACGAACCACGAGAUCAAGUAUUUAGUCGACACCAUCGUGAGCAACCGCGAACCUAGUGCCCGAGCUGGAUGUGCCAUGGCUCUGGGUUCUAUCCAGUCAAAGGUGGGAGGCAUGGGUGCGGGUUACCAUCUCAAGACGAUCACUGGUAUUCUAAUGUCGCUAUGCAAUGACCCGCAUCCGACUGUGCAUUACUGGGCUCUUGAGGCUCUAGCUGAUGCCGCCGAUGCGACGGGGUUGGGGUUUUCGCCUUAUAUCUCCGGAUCCCUCGGAAUGGUUUCCCAGCUAUAUCUCUCCGAAACUCAUCAUUCCGAAGUGUCUUCUCCUAUUUCUAUGAGUUUGGAAAUGGAGCUAUCGACUACGGCAGCCAUUACGCGUUGCGUCGACUCUCUGAUUAACGUGGUUGGACCCGACUUGCAAGAUUCGACUAAAUCGCGCGAAUUGAUUCUCACGCUCGUCGAUCAGCUACAAAACGAAGAUGAUAUUCUUGUACAGCGCGAGAGCUUAGCAUGUCUGGAGCAUCUUUCCUUAUAUGCCCCUGGACAUAUGGUAUUUAGCGACUACGUCAAGACCUUGCAAAAGUACCUCAACUCCGAAUGUCCCACCCUUCGCGACGUCGCGGUAGACGGUCUCUACAACUUGAUGAAGAGGAAUUCCCUCGACGUGAUAGAGGCCGCCAACCCUGGUUUUGAGGAUCAACUGUGGCUUGUGCUGGAUGUGUCGCCCGACCACGACGGAAUCCGCAACCUCAUCCGAAACUGGCUGCGUCAGACAUCGUUGACAGAAACCGCCGCUUGGCUCGUCCGUUUCCAGAACGUCCUCAAGAUGACCCGACCCAAAGCUGCCGAGGAGACGCGCGACGGCGGCCAGAGACCGACGACGACUAUCGAUCUACAGGAUGAAGAAGUUGCCGGCUUUGCCGCAGCCGCAGGCGCUGCUAAGGAUGAGAAAGAUGCGCCUUCAAAUUCCGAGAUGGAGCCUCUGCGCUGGCAGGUCAGGACGUUCGCAAUAAGUUGUCUCAACGAUAUUUUCGUAAUGAUUGGGAAAGACGUUGCUACCAACGGUGAAUCACCCGCGCAGUCUGCCCUUCAGGCCAGAAUUGCCGACGUCAUCCGCAUGGCUUUCUCGGCUUCGACGUCUAGCGUAUUGGAGCUAAGGAUAUGGGGAUUGAAGAUAAUCGGUGCUGUCUUAAGAAUGUUUGGCAAGACGCCAGACCCUGAUUUCGAGGAGGCGAUGCUUCUCGAGCAAUAUCAGGCGCAAAUCGGUUCGGCAUUGACACCUGCUUUUGCGGCGGAUUCGUCCCCGGAAUUGGCCGCGGAGGCUGUCAACGUCUGCGCCGCCUUCAUUUCUACGGGUAUCGUCACAGACGUCGACCGUAUGGGCCGUAUAUUGAAGACACUUGUUACCGCACUUGAGAAUUUCUCGACGGAGACGGAAAAUGCCGGGAUUGGUGAUCUCAAGGGUCUCAGCUCUAAUGCGCAGGUAAUGGUUAAGAUGGCGGUCUACUCGGCGUGGGCAGAGCUUCAAGUGGCCAGCUCGGAACAAAAGUAUCUACUCGACGUGUUGAAACCUCAUAUCGGCACGCUGACACCGCUAUGGUUGGCCUCGCUGCGGGAGUUCGCCCGGCUGAGGUUCGAACCAGAUAUCUCAAUGACGCUAGGCCCGCCGUCUAUGUCAGGUAGCCUCGAUACCAUCUACGCCGCCCUGAACCGCGAGACCCUUCUCAAAUUCUACCAGGAUUCCUGGCUAAAGCUUGUCGACGCUAUCGCAAGUCUCAUCGAGCAAGAUAGCGAAUUCGUCUUCGAUGCUUUAGACGGGAAAGAGGCUGAUGCGUCGGGUACUAAUGGGCAAUCAAAGAGUGCCGAUAUCAAUUACCGCGACGAACCUGUCGCCUUCUUCUUCGUCCUAUUCGGCAUCGCAUUCGAGGCGCUUGCGACUAAAUCGAACCAAGUCGAUUCCUUGGCCACCCAGGAACAAACUCUGGAGAUACUGCAAGCUCUUAAGAAGAUCUUGCAUCCGAGCGUUUCGGGACACGCCAUCUACCGGGAGGCGAUAUUUUCCGAAACGAUGGACUUGUUGGAUCGCCUGGUGCUGACGGAGGGCCUCGACGUUCAGGGGGUAAUAGUCGAGAUCGCGCGUGCACUUUGCGUUGCUCACCCUUCGGCCAGGAAACAGGAGCAGCAAGACGACGGGGAUUUGAGCGAAGACAUCGAGCAGUUAUUCGAGCUCACUAGGAUCAUCGUUCUAGUGCUAUCCGGCAUGUUGCCCAACUUGACCGAGACGAACCAGCCGGUGCGCCAUCAUCUAACGGAGGAGGCUGUCCUUCUUGUACGGACCGGGCUAAACGCCAUAGUGGAUGCGGCCGAAGUGUUCCCAGCCAUUAUCAAGACGGACCUGCAUGCUUGUAUAAUCCAUAUCUUCGCCACGAUAUUAGCGACACCUUCCUGCCAGGAGAUCGUGGUCCCGCAAGCUCUGCCCAUAUUCAAAAGGUUCAUGGCGACCAUGUCUAAUUCCCGCGCCUCUGGGGAGGCUAGGUCUGCCACCGAUAUGCAGGUCGAAGGCUGUCUGCGCCGGUACCUGUCUAUCUACUUGAACGCCCAGAAACGCGAGACGCCUACUUCUCUGCAAUGCGUCAAGAACUGUCUACUAGCGAUUACGAUCCUCUUCACCGGGGGGAGUAAUCGACUUGCUGCUAACGACCGGCUCGUGGCAAAGUUCCUCGACGAAGUGGUGGAUUGUUUAACAGACCGCAUGACGGCUAAGAUUGCGGCCAAUUGCAUCCGGUCCCUCUUGCUGCAACCGUCCCCUUCGCCUGCCGAUCAGUCCAUCGCCCGGUAUCUUCUCCCCCGACUGGUUGCUUUUGUAGUCGACACGGAGCCGGAGGACCCGGAGGAUUCGCGUAAGCUCGUGGCGCAAUCUCUGACGCAGUACGUCGUGACGCUCGGUAGCGGACACGCGCAGAUCGCCAUGUCCAUCGUGGUGCCCACCUUGCUCUCCCGCGCGGCUAGCGAGGGCGCGGAAGUGUACCACGAGACGAGUACGAGGUUGUUGGAGCUGGCGUCGGCGGAUCAGGCUGGAUUCAGGGGCGUGGUGGCGGCGAUGAACGAAGGGCAAAAGGCCUUUAUGGAAGAGGUUAUUCGGUCGGGUCGGCAGAGCGGCGGUCCGGCGAAGGGAUCGAAUACCCAAGGCCAGCCGAGUAUAGCGUUGAAGAUGGAUUUUGGAGGUUAAAAGUCACACAGCUGAGUUUCACGUUUAGACGGGGAGGGGGGAAAAAAAGUCACAUCUGGCUGGUGUGAUGUCUAGGUGGGCUUGUUUGUAACAGGUUUGGGUGCCAUAUAGCUAACUGCAUGUGUUGCAUAGAAGGUCAUGGUGAAAUAUUAUUCCCCCCUUUAUAGCAAGCGAAGGGAGCUAGUCGAAUCGAGAAAAAAUAGUAAUACAGUAUCAUGAUCUCAUUACAGAUAUG